AUAAAAAUAAAAAAAGGUAGAGGGGGAGAGAUAUAGUAUCCGCACUUUCUCAUUUAUUUCUAUUUCCAUUAAACAAUAGUUUACGGAAUAUGCCAUUUGUAUGAUCAGAACAGACAAUGAAGCCGUUUUCAUUAGGCAACAGAAAUACAGGGCUCCCAUGAGUUGAAACCUGGCUAGUUCUGGGAUUGGAACGCUGAGAAGGGUUAGGGGGACCUGAAAUACUGUCAACAAUGCUCAGGUCCCAAGCCAAGAAACCCCCAGAAAGGGUGUAGGAUUUCCACUGGUCUUAGGUUCUGGACUCCAUUCUCUGCUUCUGUUCUCUCAGGACAGGUGAUCUGUCUGGAUGCCCCUUUGAAUUAUUGAUCUCCAUGCUCUCAAACCAGCACGUUCCCCAGCACUGAAGGUGCCUAACAGAUUCAGGUGACAACGUCCCUUCCCUUGAAGAGGGGAGCAGGGGGAGUCCUUUUACCCGGACCCUUUACUGGACCUAUUUCCAAUACGUCUUUUCCUCCUCAAUGUCCCAGUAUGAACUGCAAGGUGCCAAUGACAGACUCUGAAUUCCAUUCCCGCCAGAGACCAGGACCUUACAGACAUCCGCACAAAAAUGCAGUCCUUUCUGGGGCAGGAAGGGGGCACGGCGCCGCUUCCGCCCCGAGGCCGCAGCACCCGGGUCCCGCCGCCCCGGCAGGGCCCUCCGCGGGGCCAGCGCCGCCCGGAAGAAGUCAGCGCUCCGCCGUCGGUUUCCUGCGCAGCCGGACGCGGCGCCAUCAAAUCAGCUCAGCGCUCACAUCUCCCGCGUGUCGGAGCCCGAACCCGGGGAGGGGGCGGCGAGGCCGGAGGGGCGCGCGGUGAUGGGGGGCUGCCCCCCAGCCAACUGUCUGUCCCGGGAGCCAGACGGACAGACGGCAGCUGCCGCGUGUCCCGGCCCCGCUCCUGCUCCAUCCCCGCGCCCGCGCCCCCGCCUCCGCCCGCGCCACCGCACCGGGACCGCGGCGACGUCGCCUCAGCGGCCACCCCACGCACGGCCCAGCGCUGCGCCCGGUGUCCUCGAGGGGCCCGGCCUGCGCGGGCAGGCGGCCCCCCAACGCCACCUCUCUUCCCCGCCAGAUGGGGCCCGAGGCCCCGAGGCCCCAAGGCGGGGGCGGGCCGCAGCUGGCGGGCGACCUCGGGGACUGCAGGCGGGAGGCCCGCGGGCACGAGGGGGCUGUGGGCGGGAACCGGCUCCAGGACAGGCCGGCUCGGGCCGGAGCAGCCAUCUUCCGGCGCGCGGCUCUGCAACCUCCCACCCCGGGCCGCGCCUGCUUGCGGGGCCGCCGCCUCCACGCAGCAGCAGCUCAGCGCCGUGGGCCGCUUCUGCGCAAGACGGCCAGUCCCCACGCGAGCUGUCCCCGCACUCGGAGGGCGACCCCGCUGGUGGGAGCUCCCCCAGCAGCCGUCCCCAGGUCCCACCCGGGGAGAACGGGCCCCCAACGGCCGCCCCAGCUUCACGCAGACUUCCAGGGCUUUGCCAAGCUACAGAGGUGAUGGGGAAGAGGAGCAAAUAUCAUGCAAUUAAGUGUAGGGGAAUUCCUAAUUAAGUGUAAGGAAAAUAAAAGUGGAAAACAUGCCUAAAACCCUGCUCACACACCUCAGUAAGGUGGAGUUGUCCUCUAUAUGCCUCUCAGCAACUGUGGCCAUUACUAUCCUUAUCUUCCCUGCUCCCAGUUGAGACAGUCUCUGUAUCUGCAUGGGAGCUUGGUUUCAUCUAGCAGUUCCCACCCCUUAGUACCACAUUGUUUGGUGGGCUCUACGUUCCCAGGUCCCAGUAAGUCCUAGCCUAAGCCUUUUCUUCAGGGCAAUAGCUUCACAAAUCCCAGCCAGGUUCCUCCAAGGUUGGCACUCACCUGUCAACCACAACAGCUGGGUUUGCAAAGCAGGGAGAGCCAAGUUUCAGGGAAAGUCAAGGACUAGGCAAAGCUAGUUCAUGUUCAGUAACUCUAAAUAGUUGUAACUAAUGAACUCCAGGAGAACUUUAAACAUUAUAUUGACAGAGUACAGGGGCUACUAACAAACUUACCUUAAUUCCCUUUCUUUUUCUAAUCAACUGAGUUCUUUGUUCAUAAUCCUUGGUCAACACAGUUAAGGGCUGUCCUACUAGGAGGAAGUUAAAGACCCAAAGGAGACCAGAGUUGAAAUGGUGGAAAGCUUCAGAUCCAGUAGUUUUCACACUGAACUCUGACUCUUUGGGGGAGUCAGAGAGGCACCUUAAAGUCCACCAAAAUUUCUGGGACUGAUUUUUCCCAGACUUGGUACUGGAGAAGCUGGAGACCCAGAAAUGCCAAUGGGCAUUGACAUAAAAUCCCAAUAAAAUCUUUCUCUAACCAAAGAAUCAGGAGAGGGAUAGCUGAAAAAGACAAAACUUUUAAAUAACCACUGUAUUCCAGUUAAACACCGUGGAAAAAAACUGUGGCCCCACUCUCACCCCAGCAAGCAAAGGCAAAGUGAAGAGCCUAUUUUCCCCCCAUCACCACUGUGGUAUUGUAGAAGGC